UUGUUCCAGCGACGGCUAGUGGGGACAUUUUAAACGAGCAAACCGUGCUAAAGCGGUCGGAAAGUCGAGAACACAUAACAGUUGUUCCAUAACAUUUCAGUUAACUCCAUAUCUUCCUCAUGAAUAUGGUGCUGCGAGCCUGAGAUGUUCCAAAGGACACACACAUGAGGACAGAUUUGAACCAGGUCAACUGCCCCUGUUUAUCGCCAGUCAACUGCCACUUCAGAGACUCCGCCCCUGGCCCUGCCCUCUGAGAUGACUGAUGCCCAGAAGGCCAACGAGCUCCCUGAAUGCCCCACAGAGGGCGGGGCCACAACAGAGGAGCUGGACAUGCCCCUGAGACAAGAGACCACGCCCACCAGCUCACCAUCAUGCGAGGAGCCAAUCAGCUCGCAGAGUCCUGAUAAACAGCCUGCCCCCGGCCUGCUCUCCAUGCCAUGCUUACUAAAGGAGCUUCAUAGAGACUCCGCCCCUGGGCAGCCGCAGGAAACGGACCCGCCCCCGGCUGCCGCCCAAUCCUGCGCACAGGACGACAGUGACUCCUCCGUCUGCCUGCGGUCGCCUUCCUCCUCCGGUCACCUUGGAGACUCCGACACGCUUUCAUCGGCGGAGGAAGCGCCGGCGCCCGCUCAGACGGCCGGCAGGAAGUCGCGGCGUUCGCAUUCUGAGAGCGACACAUCCUCCGUGGCAAUGGUGGCCAAGAAGAACCGCUGCCAGGAGAAGCAGGUGAACGGGCGCGUGCGCAUCAGAGGCCCGCGCAGCCAGCAGCAGAAGCAGCGCAUGCGACAGCUGCGGCAGAAACGCGAGGCAGCGGCGAGACGCAAACCCGAUGUGCUCCAGGACAGCAGCACUAGCGACAGCGACAUCACAGCCCACUCAUCCUCAUCCUCACCACUAACGGCCUCGUCCGACAACGAGGGAGAGGCAAUCAACUCUCACGCACCAGGUGCAGUCACUGCAGUAGAAGUCCAGCCAUCUCAGGUGAGUCUGGCGUCCACAGACAGUGAAGUGGAGAUCGUUGGAGUUCAAGAGAACGCCAGCGUGGUCUCCAGGUUUCCUCGCGGCGGAGUGAUCCAGUCGCUUUCUUCCUGGAAGCAGAGAGCUCCGGCUCAGUGGACGUCCGUCUCGGCGCAGUCCGGCUGGGUUCCUCCUCCUGAGGUGGUGGAUCUGACACUGGAUGAAGACCGGCACAGAUACCUGCUGUGAUCAAACACACUCACAUACACUCACACGCUUAGAUACACACUCAUAUACAUGUGACUGGUGGGCCGAGUGACUCAAACCAGAACACAGAAUGAUGCUUUCAUUAAAUGAAAAACACUUCAAACUGCUCAAUGUUUGCUUCUGAUACACUUUGAUGAUAUGCCUGAUGAAUUAUUUGCUACUGUGAGUGAGACAGCGAUGUGAAUAAAUGACAGCAGAUUUUAUAGGGUGGUAAUGGUUAAUGAGCAAAUACUGUACCAAGUUCUCCCAUGAUAAAGUCAGGUAUCAAAGCUAAGUUAAAAUCUUAAAAACAAUAUAUGGGGUUUCCUUAUAGAAGUUAAUACUCAAUGUAAACAGGUUGAUCUCACAAAAACUGGUCAUAUUUCACUCCAAAAUCAAGAAUAUAGAAUUUAUAUUUA